AUGCCCGCGGACCCUCUGCUCCGCGCGGAGGUCUGCCAGGUCUACACUUCCGGCGAGCAGUAUGGUCGCGUCACCGAGCUCGAGGACGGACAGUAUAAGGUCGAGGAUAUGGUCGAGGUCGCCAAGCAGGCAAAGGCGCGGGCAAAGAGCCCGCCCGUCGCAGCCGACACAAAGGGCAAGGCGCGCUCCACCCCAUUCGAGUCGCGGCGCGGCGGCGCGGCCGGCGCCGCUGCCUCUGGCCGCAAGGGCGGCGCUGCGGACGCGCCGAAGAAGAAGAAGGGGCCGCCCAAGAAGAAGCCCGCCGCCAAGCCCGCCGCCAAGCCCAAGCCCGCCGCCGCCAAGCCGCCCGCCGCCAAGAAGGCGCCCGCGCCUGGCCCCCACGAUGCCGGGACGUGUCCACGACAUGCCAAGAAGCUGCCGGCGACGGAGGGGGGCGAUGACGACGACGAGGAGGAGGAGGACAGCGACGCCGUCUUCGAGGCGAAGCCGCGGCUCAAGCCGAAGAAGCGGGCCGCGCUCGGGAGCGGGUACAAGCCGCUCGCAAAGAAGAGGUGGAGCGCCGAGGAGAUCGAGGCGCAGCCUCCCGCCUUCGACCACCCCGCCCUCGCAACGAUGUGCUCCGGGACCGAGUCGCCGCUGCUCGCGCUCGACAUGAUCUGCGGCGCGCUCAAGGCGCAGAGCGGGCAGUCGAUCGCGGUGGAGCACGUCUUCUCGUGCGAGAUCGAGCCCUUCAAGCAGGCCUACAUCGAGCGCAACUUCGCGCCGCCCCUCCUCUUCCGCGACAUCCGCGAGCUCGGCGACGAGGAGGCGACGACAGCGUACGGCGCGACGCGGCCGGUGCCGGGCGAGGUGGACGUGCUGAUCGCCGGCACGUCGUGCGUCGACUACUCGACGAUGAACAACAAGCAGAAGAAGAUCGACGAGAAGGGCGAGUCGGGCCAGACCUUCUGGGGCAUGCUCGCGUGGGUCAAGCGGACGCGGCCCUCCAUCGUGGUGCAGGAGAACGUGUGCAGCGCGCCGUGGGAGGAGAUGGUCGGCUACUACGCCAAGGAGGGGUACGCGGCGACCUUCCUGCGCGCUGCCAUCAGCGAGCUGUCCUGCCCCGCCUCCUCCUCGCUCGAGGCCUUCCUGCUCCCGACCGACGACCCGCGCGUCCACACCGCGCGCGAGGACCUCUCCCACAUCGACCCGACCAAGCAGCGAGGCGUGGUCGACUGGGGCCGCUGCGAGACGCGCCACCAACGCGCGCGCACCGACGAGGAGCUCGGCGCCAAGCGCCCCCUCACGCAGUGGGUGUCGCAGGGCCACUGCGCCGGCCCCGACUUUGCGUGGCACGACUGGUUCAAGAGCCAGGUCGAGCGCGUGGUCGACCUCUGCGACAUCAACUACCUCCGCCUCGCGCGCGAGGGGCAGGACGCAAACUACAAGACGCUCGUCUGGAACCUGUCGCAGAAUGUCGACCGGUCCACGGCGUCGUCGCGGCCGGGCGUCUGCCCUUGCCUCACGCCGAACAUGGUGCCGUACGUCACCAACCGCGGCGGGCCGAUCGUCGGGCCCGAGGUCCUCGCGCUGCAGGGCA